AUGUUAAUACCAGUUAUUUCUUUAUUAAUCAUCAUUGAAACACGCGUCAUCAUCGGUCGUCCAUCGUUCAAUUCGAUUUUUCAUGCAACGGCGAACAAAUUAAAAACUUUUGACUCAAUUACCGGUCUUCCAGCGCACUCAAAUGUCUUUCGACAAACGAUAGAUAUAGAUGAAAGUAGUACACUACGUGGAAAGAGUUUGUCAACGAAUAUUCGUCGAAUCAAACUGAACUCUAGCGCUAAAUUAGAUCCAAAGAUAUGUAUUGCUCUUGAUGCAAUCGAAUCUCUAGAAUCAGUUCAAUGUAUAUUUGGAAGUCGACAACAGCUUGUACUUGCAUUUAAAUCGAGUGCUGAUGCCCGUUUUCUCUAUAAUAAAUGGCUUGUAUCAGGUGCUAAAUUUGUUAAUGGUGGUCCAGUGUGGGAUUGUCGUAAUGUAACAACACAAGAAACAAUAAUCAUAUUUCAACGCAUAUCAACAUUUCGAAUAAAAAAUAUACAAGUAUUUAUCGAAACUUACAAGGAUACAAAUAUAAGUCCACUCAUAUGCUUUACCAAUAUUUCGAUGCACUUGACGUGGGAACAGGGUAGUGUAACAACCGGAAGAAAAACGACAUCACCAUCCCAACGACAAACAAAAGUUCCAGUGGCUAACUUGAAAUCCCUUCGUAGUUCGUGGAGUUUCGAUCCACAAAGACCUCUCGGUGAUGAAAUCUUUUAUACUGGGCAAACCAUCGAAGUGAGUUGGUCAUAUUCGAAUAUGGACCCAAAGACUAGUCUUGAAAUCGUACUUUACCGAAAACAGCUCUUAUUCGAUGCUGAAAUAAAUAAAAUAACUACACAAAUGAAUAUCCUUCAAUUAUCUUUUGUCAUUCCUGCUACUUUGGAAGCAUCAUCCAAUGAUCAAUAUUACUUCAAAUUUCGUUUUUCCCGCUCUUUGAUAUCUUAUUGGAAAUCUAGUGCUCUCUUCUAUAUUCCGACGCUGCCAUCUAUCAUUCCCAGAGAACCACCCGCAAUCAACGAAGUGUUUUAUCCAGGCGACAUAGUACCAUUAUCAUGGCAGAAUGUGAAUUUUGUAGCAGCAUCACAAAUUACGGUACGCUUUCGUCGAGCACGACCCAUAAUACCAGAUGCCAACUUAGCUACUUUCACUGUGUUGGCUACAGCCAAUGCUUAUAACUUUACAAUUCCGACUUCCUUAGAUCGAGCUGAUAAUGAUAAAUAUUACUACUUCGAAUUCGACUAUUGCACAUCAUGGUUAUCAUUGAAUUGCAAAAAGACUACAAAUAAUUUCUUUGUACCGCUUCGACCUUAUGUACGUCCAACAUUUCCAGGUGUCGACGAUUGGUUCUCACCAUUACAAACGGUGAUACUUGAAUGGAUCAGUGCAAACUUCGCUAACGUAAAUGAUCUACUUACGAUCAAACUUCGUCGCUCUAACUAUUUGCUACCUGAUAGUGAUAUCGACACUUUUACAUGCACAGUAAAUUCAAGUGGUUCGUGUUCAUGGACUUUACCAGUUGUUGAAAAAUCUUUUUCGAGUUAUUAUUUUGAAUUUAACUGGUGCAAACAUUGGUAUUCGACAGAUUGUACAGCAAAAAGUAAUCAAUUUUCAAUUCCAACACAUGCUAUCGGAUCAUGGAAUUAUGACGAACAACGAAGUCAAGCACUAGCAUCGAAAACGCUCUACUCGGCUUCAUGCAAUACUAUGUGUCCAACAAGUGACAUAGAACUGCUCUAUAUAUGCCAGAUGUGUGGUAAAGGACGAUCUAUCGGCAUGCAGGUGAACUGUACAAAUUGUUGGGCUACGUUCGAUUACAGUAUUGUUCAAAUAGAAAUCGAACGCAAAGAUAAUUCACCAUCAUUAGAUAAAAUAGUAGUGCGCAUGAAUUCUCAUGUUUCAGUUAAUCUUGAUUUCUCUAUUUGGGCCGAUUAUCAACAUAGUUUUGAUGGUUGGUUACCUCUACCAUCUAUUCCAAUCGGUCCAUCCAUCCAAGUUUCUAUUGGUUCGCUUAGUUUUGGUGUAGGACUGUUUUUUGCUCCGUCCAUAUCAUGGAAUAUUACAGUGGAUGCAAUUGGAAAUCUAACUGCUGGUGUAGAUUAUCAAUGGCAAACAAAUCUGACAUUGAUUAGUACUCCUGGCAAUACAAGCAAAGAGUAUACACAAAACUUGACGCGGAACAUCCAUCCGAUGCAAGGAAAUUUUCAAGCAAACCUUCUAGUUGAUUUUGCCUAUCGUCCAGCACUAGCAUUGCAAGUAGGUAUUUUUACUGUUGAUUUAGGAACCGAUGGCUAUAUUAUAUUCGAAUCUGUAUGGCGUUAUCCACCCUUUGCUGCACUUUCGACAUCAAAUUUUGAUUGGAAUACGCAAAAGAUUGCUCCCUUUCAUGUUUCUCUUCCAUCGAAUUCAUGUCUUACAACUCAUUUUAUUCAUUAUCAUACCAUGUGUGGUAUUCGUAAUACUCAAAUCUCUAUUGGAUUCGAUCAACUUAGUGAUCUUGUCAAUAUUUUCACCGAUUUUGACUUAUCAUUAUCGACAAGAUCCCUUUUUGAUCUUGGACCAUACGAAUUAUCUUCAGGUUGCAUGUAUCAAGCCAACCUGAAUACGGAUACAUAUCAAACAGUGUAUUUGAUACUCAAUAGACAAUUUACUCCAAUAAAUAACACAUCUGAUACAUAUUUGUCACGGGCAGUAGUUAAUGAUUUAGCCUAUGCUCUUGCCGUAUCACAAAUACGUUUUUACUAUAAUAAUACAUUCAGCGUAGAGCAAAACCGGAUGACAGGCAUUGCAGUCGUAUUUUUACCAUCGACUUCUGCGUCCACCAGCGAUCCUACCGUGAUGAUCAUGGUACAAUGGUUUCGAGAUCAAGCAAUCAAUUUUAAAUCACUUCUUUAUUCUGGUUUAGUGACAAGUCUACUAAAUAUUACACAAACAUUCAGUAUCAAUGGAUUCGACUCAUCGAAACUAUAA